GGGAUAGACUAAUCCACUGGGAAACGGCCGAAUGAAUGGACACGGUGGCGAGGACUCAACUGAGCCCAGAGGAUGUGUGGCGUCUCUGUUUGCUCUUUUGUUUGGCGAAGAGGCUUCCCGGAGGUCAGAGUGACAACAGAACGGACAUACGCGGGAUGCCAAGAGAAAACGAUUGACUAAUCCGUUCAGCGCGAGACCAAAGGCUGGACUAACGGAGUUCCGACAUGGGUGGCAAGGACCAUUGGAAGCCUCGCGUCAACAGGUAUACUAGCGGAGCCACUGAACGCGACGCGGCAUUCUGAUCUUUGUUUUUAUUUGGCCUCUACAGAACCAUGUGGCGAUUUGAUUGUUUUCCAACGCGACCAUUUCAAAGAUGAGCCAAAUCGCUUCGGCUUCUGGGCAUGUGUUUGGCUACGCGGCCGCAGAGGAUUGUAUUCCACCCGCGUCGAUUACAGCUAUGCUUAACUCUGAUCAUUAAAACUCUUUACACAACGUCACUCGGCGCCCGGUGUGUGUGUGUGUGUAGGACCUGAUAUGCGCAGUAGAGUUCUCCGGAGGAACCUCGGCGGAACAACACUAACUUGAAUGCUCCAGUGGAAUCCGGCCGGCAGUAAUGCAUCGCUAUGGGUCCCCGCCGCGGAGUUGGCUGGGACUUCGCCUACGCCUCAGUGAGAAGCCGCUGCUGGAGGAGAAGGGUGGAGUCCUGUGCCAACACCAGGCCUGUCCAGACCCUCGUCCUGCUGCCAAGGUGUGCCACCAUCCAGCCUGUCAGGAGCUGAGGGGGGGCGGACCCCUCCACCUGUGUGAGUCAUGUGACUCUCGCUGUCACCCCAUCGCCCCCGACAACAUGCUCUUUGACAGACAUCCACGUUUUGACCUGCAGCCACAAGGUUCCAUCCUGGCCAGGAACGUGUCCACCCGCUCCUGCCCCCCCCGUACCGGCACCGGCCCCCCCUCGGACAUGGAGGAAGCAGAUGACUGGGGGAGUGACAUGGGGGAUCGUAAGAGUGGAGGAAUGAAGUUGGUCAAGAAGAAGCCGCGGCGUCGACACACAGAUGACCCCAGUAAAGAGUGCUUCACACUGAAGUUUGACCUGAGUGUUGACGUUGACAUGGAGAUUGUUCCAGCUGUUAAGAAGAAACCACUGAGGGAGGUGUUGGCACCAGUGUUUGAGCAGAAGGGCAUUGAGCUGUCACGGGUGGAGCUGUUCCUGGAUCAGUCCAACACACCACUCUCACUGGCCUUUGAGGCCUACCGCUUUGGAGGGCAUGAACUGAGGGUGAAAGCGCGGCCUGGAGAGGAGCAGAAGCUGGAACGCACCAUGCGGGACCCCCGCUCUCUCUCGCUGCCCAUCCUGAGAAGCUCCGCCCCUCCCAGCAACACCACUGACCGGCCGGAACACCGAUCACUGGGACGCAGAGACACCACAGACCUGCUGCGGACGUGGCAUGUGCCCAGCAUGGUGGCGCUGCCCGAGGCUCAGGACGGCAUUCUGACCCGCUACAGUUCCCUGGGGGCAGGCACAGGGGGCACAGGGGGAACCACAGGACUGGUGGCAGCACGGGUGCAGCGCUACGAAUCUCAGACCCCGCGGACACCCCCCUCAGAUCGCCCCCCCUCACCCCCCCCACGCCCAGCAGACCUCUCCCCUCACACGGAGACGCCAGACACAAGAACAGGCAGCUGGAAAAUUCCCGCCGCACAGCUCAGCGUCUUCUUCAGCUCCGCCUCCACCAACGGCGCCCUCGGCAAGGAGUUGGACCGUGUGGAACAGCUGCAGGGGAAGCUUCAGUCCUACACUAAAUUCGGAUUACCCAAGAUGCCCCAGCAGCUCUCGUUCCACAGGGACGCCUGGAAUGAAGAGGAAGAGGUCCAGCUGGACAUGGAGGAGAGCUGGCAACAGUUACUGGACAACCCAGAGGCCCUGAGCAGACGUCAGGUGCACCAGCAGGAGGCCAUCUGGGAACUGCUACAGACCGAGGCGGCUCUGGCACCAAGAAGCUCAACGCCACUACUCAUGAGAAUGAUGAAUAACUCUCUCUUCCUCAGUGGCCUGCUGAACCUGCAGGAGAGUGGUCUGCUGGUGGAGGUGGAGGCCCAGCGUCUCUUCAGUAACGUCCAGGAGCUGCUACGUCUGCACACAACCUUCUGGGCAGAGGUGCUGCGGCCCACCCUGGACACCGCGCGCCACACACACACACCGCUCGACCCCACACACCUCUACCAGGGCUUCAUCGAGGUGUUGUCGGUGGAGCGGUUCAUCAACAGUGUGGACGGUCAGAUGCGGCAGCGGGAGGAGAGGCAGAGGCUGGAAGCCAUGGCUGGACGCAUCGAGGCGUAUGACGCAGUGGAGACCGCCAGCGAGGAGGUGGACAAGAUUCUCAGGGAGUUCAACCAGUUUGACCUGACGGCUCCGGUCAUCGGGGGCUCCUGUGAGGAGACCAGACAACUCUUCCUGGAGGGGGCGCUACGCAUGAAGGAGGGGAAGGACAGCAGGGUGAGAGAGAGAAAGAGAGAUGGAGUGUGGGAUCUGUACUGUUUCCUGUUUACUGACCUGUUGCUGAUCACUGUCAGGAAGGGGUGGAUGCUGUAUGCAGGGAUUCGCCAGCCGCUGUUGUGUUGCACUAGGUGGGUGUGUCGUGAGCUGAAGGAUGCCGGAGCCUUCCUCCUCCUCUACCUCAACCAGCUCCAGCACGUCACAGCCGCCUACAGCUUCCAGGCCAACAGCGCCACCCAGGGGAGAAGCUGGGUAGAGGCCAUCACCAAUGUACAGAAGCAGCUGCAGCGCCUGCGCUCUGAGGAGUGUGAGCGGGGGGGUCGGAGGAGAGAGGAGGAGGAGGAGGAGGAAGAGGAGAGCAGCAUGAGCACCUCCAGCUCACCCUCACUGCAGCACAAGGACACACUCAGCCAAUCAGAUGGCUCGACCGAAACCCUCGCCGUGGUUGCAAUGGACGAGGCAGAGGAUGUGGACAUGGCCUCCUCGUCGCUCUCGGAGACGGAGCGGGCGGGGCCUGAGAAGGCGCGGCUGCACUCUGAUUUGUCGAGCCCCAGGGGGGAGGGGCCAGCCGCGGGCGGGUCUCAGGAGGAGGCAGACCCUGAAAGCCGCUCGCUAUCGAUGGACAGCGCCUACGGAACCCUCUCCCCCCAAUCCCUGACCACACUAGAGCUGAGGGCGGGGCUGGAGGCGGGGCAUGAGGCGGGGCAUAGCGAGGGGGAGGACACAGAGGCGGAGUAUGAUGAGGAGGAGGUGUUUGAAGAGGAGGAAGAGGAGGUUGAUGACGAAGACGCCACCGCCUGGAAUGGUUCGCAGGUGACCGUUAAUGAGACGGCCUUCCUGGACGACGAGCGAGACGGGCGGCGGGGAGAGCCGAGCCCCCGCCCCACCUUCAGCUCCGAGGGGCGACCUCCUGCAGCGGUCCGGACCGUGGCAGGAAACCACCACACUAGACCCUCCCGCUUCUGCAGGCCCGCCUCCCAGAGCGUGGAGCUCCUCCUCUCGGGGGAGGAGUCAGGGCUGAGGGGCGUGUCUGACGCGUUGGCCGGCCCCCUGCUGCGUGCUCAGGUGCGGCACGUGUCCCGCACACUCAGCUGCCCCAGCGGGCCGCCACAGGGCGCAGCCGGACGGGGGAGGAGGCGGGCACGCGAGCCACCUGCUGGACGGGAGGGGAUGUGCGGCCUGACGCCAGCCCAGCAGCAGAAGAAGAAGCUGACGCGCUCACAGCUGCAGCGGCUCAGAACCAGCAUGGUGCUCAACUCCACUCUCACUGCCUCGUAA